AUGGCGCCGCAGCGUGAGCCCCCCAGACCGCCACCGCCGGCCGUCAUCGAAGCCGAGAUGCAGUGGAUUUUCACCGAAGAAGAACUGCUACUGGCGCCGUCGAUAUGCGAUGGCAUGCCCGCUGAGGAGGAGCGCACACUACGGCGGAAGGGCGUCGGGUUUAUAUUGCAAGUGGGCAUGAUGCUCAAAUUACCACAGACCACGCUUAGUACAGCGGCCGUCUUCUUCAAUCGCUAUCUGAUGCGAAUGAGUUUGAAGCCACGGCCGGGGUAUAAGCCACUACACCACUAUCAAAUCGCCGCAACCGCGUUAUUCCUCGCGACCAAAGUCGAAGAAAACUGUCGCAAGAUGAAAGAACUCGUUGUUUCAUGCGUCCGGGUCGCGCUCAAGGAUCCCAACAAGCUCGUCGACGAGCAGACAAAAGACUUUUGGAAAUGGCGCGACACAAUCCUGUACAGCGAAGACGUCCUACUCGAGGCCCUGUGCUUCGACCUUAACGUGGAAUCACCAUACAAGACCAUGUACGACAUGAUGAAGUACUACGGAGUCGAGCAUAAUAAGAAGCUGCGCAACUCAGCCUGGGCCUUCCUCUCCGACUCGACGUCCACACAGAUGUGCCUGUUGUUCACAUCGCGAGCGAUCGCCGCAGCAUCACUGUACGCCGGCGCGCGUAUGGCGGAGGUAGAGCUAGGGGACGACGACGGAAAACCAUGGUGGGAGAUACAACAUGUCCAGUUGCGCGACAUCCGGAGAGCAUGCAACCUCAUGGCGGAUCUGUACGAGAAGUCACCAGACAAAGAUGGAGAACCCUCCAUGUAUGCAGGGCUCCGGACACCAGAGGACGGCAUCGACUUCGGGGACACGCCCGACGGUAUGGAAGGCGUACAGGCGACAAGCCAAAGCCAACCUCCUGCCAAUGGCACGGGCGAUGGCAACGCGACGGAGAGGGGCAGUGAAGAGGGUGAAUUGGAUGGGUAG